AUGACGGGGCCCGGGGUCUUUAUGCUGCUGCUGUCCAUCCUGCUGGACUGGGCCAGCUGCCACCCCGUCCCCGUCCCCGUCCCCAUCCCCAUCCCCAUCCCCAGGAGGAAGAGUUUCCACAAGCGGCCACUGAUCUCCUUCGAUGGGUUCUGCUGGGACUACGACCGGGACAUGGACACCCCCAACAGGGACCGCCUGGCCCAGGAGGGCAUGAAGGCCACCCUCGGUGACAAUGACCUCCCCAACCCACUUCACCACCAUCUCGGAGACACGCCGGAGUACUCUUUCAGGGCCGCCCAGAACAAGACUGAGUGGUGGGACAAUGGCGUUCUCCCACUCUGGAUCACUGCCCAGGGACAAGGGAGGGAAAGGGCAUCAUUCCACUAUCAGGGAGGUGCCAAGUAUGAAGGGGAGGCCGGCCGGCGGUCCCUGGUGGAGUCAUACCCUCACCUGAAGGACAAUGAGGCAGAAGAGCAGGAGAAUAUCGAGAUCGUCGUGAACUGGUUCACCGAGGCGAACCUUGACUUCGUGACUGAUGACAUGGGGCACCGCUUCGGGCCCGAGACAGAGGACAGGAGGGUGAGGAUUCGGCCCAUCGACAGACCCAUCGGGUACCUGUUGGAAGCCAUCCAGAGGGACGGCUUGACCCGGCACCUCAACGUCAUCAUCACAUCAGACCACGGCAUGACCAUCGUGAAAAAGAAGCCCAAUGUCACCAAGAUCCUCCUGAGCAACUACAUCAGCUUCAGGGACUUGGUCAAGUGUGAUAUCGUGGACUACGGCAGCUUUGGGAUGCUCCUGCCCAAGCCCAGGCAGGAGGAAGCUGUUGACCAAGCGCUGAAGCACGCACACCCUCCCCUCAAUGUCUGUAAGAAGAAGGAACUUCCAGAAUGCUUCCAUUUUGCCAAACAUGAGCGGGUCCUGCCAAUUGUGAUGUAUGCAGACCCUGGUUAUAACAUCAAUGGGGUGAGCAGCUUCUAA